AAACUUGGCUAAAACCCACGCACCUGUGCAUAGCUUCUCUUAUCCGUUCAAAAACUCUGUAGUCAGUGGAAAUGAAUUCAGUUCCCUUUUCCAUUGGAACAUACAUUCCUACAAAGCACAAUAACACACUCAAAUCUCCAUUACUCUGUAACAAAAAUUCUCAAACAAACGACUCAAUUUCACUAUCUUCAUCUGUGAAUAAACUCAAAGAGAAAAGUCAAUUGCCUACUUUAUUCAAAAGGAGAGAAGCUCUUAGUACACUUGGGUUGAGUAUUGCUGCAACUGUUCUUGAGGCACUUUUGCAGCCACAGUCAAAUAUUGAAGCAUUUGCUGAAGAAGAAGCUACAGCUACUGGAUGUGAAUUUACAGUUACUCCUUCUGGUCUUGCUUACUGUGAUAAAGUUGUGGGUUAUGGCCCUGAAGCUGUUAAAGGGCAGUUAAUUAAGGCACAUUAUGUGGGCAAACUGGAAAAUGGGAACGUCUUCGAUAGCAGCUACAACCGUGGAAAGCCUCUUACAUUUCGUGUUGGUGUUGGCGAGGUUAUUAAAGGUUGGGAUCAGGGAAUUUUAGGAGGUGAUGGUUUUCCCCCAAUGCUAACUGGAGGAAAGCGUAAACUGAAGAUUCCUCCAGAACUUGGAUAUGGAAUGAGAGGAGCUGGCUGCAGAGGAGGUACAUGCAUUAUUCCUCCAAAUUCAGUUCUAUUGUUCGAUGUGGAGUUCGUUGGCAAGGCUUAGGUUUCAGCAACAGAAGUAUAUAUAUAGUUUGUUAAAAGGAGCUAUAUUCAUAAAAUGAUUCUUAUUUGCAGCCAAUUUGUGAGGGACAAUUGUUAGAUUAAUUAGUUCAUAAGAGGGUAAGCAUUUUUGUAAUUUGCAAUGGAAAAAAUACUGUCUGUUAAUACUUGAGAUCAUCUCAGGAAUUACAGAAUGCAUACCAUAUGGUGUUUGUGAAUUCAAUUUUACAUUUACUAAAGCGAUUAUUUUGAAGUCUCCA